CCCUGGAGCGCAUCCGACUCUCCUCCAAUCAGAGAUAAUAGAACAUUAAAGGAAACAGACGCCCCUCGCAUGGGCGUGGCUGUUUCCCGACUUCCUGGGUAAAGAUGGCAGAGCGCGGUUACAGCUUUUCGCUGACUACAUUCAGCCCGUCUGGGAAACUUGUCCAGAUCGAGUAUGCUUUGGCUGCAGUAGCUGGAGGGGCCCCUUCAGUGGGAAUUAAAGCUGCAAAUGGUGUAGUAUUAGCCACUGAGAAAAAGCAGAAAUCCAUCCUGUAUGAUGAAAGGAGCGUCCACAAAGUGGAACCGAUCACCAAGCACAUUGGUUUGGUGUACAGUGGCAUGGGCCCAGAUUACAGAGUGCUUGUGCACAGAGCUCGGAAACUUGCCCAGCAAUACUAUCUUGUCUACCAAGAACCCAUCCCCACAGCCCAGCUGGUACAGAGAGUAGCCUCUGUGAUGCAGGAGUAUACCCAGUCAGGUGGUGUUCGUCCAUUUGGUGUUUCUUUACUUAUUUGUGGGUGGAAUGAGGGACGACCAUAUUUAUUUCAGUCAGAUCCAUCUGGAGCCUACUUUGCCUGGAAGGCCACAGCAAUGGGGAAGAAUUAUGUGAACGGGAAGACUUUCCUUGAGAAGAGAUAUAAUGAAGACCUAGAACUGGAAGAUGCCAUUCAUACAGCCAUCCUAACUCUAAAGGAAAGUUUCGAAGGGCAAAUGACAGAAGAUAACAUAGAAGUUGGGAUCUGCAACGAGGCUGGCUUUAGGAGGCUCACCCCAGCGGAAGUGAAGGACUACUUGGCGGCCAUAGCGUGAUGGAGAUGUGCCCGGACAGCUCAGAUCAAACAGUCUAUCCACGUACACAUGUUUAAAGUAUGUUUUGUUUGUGCAGACUUAUUUCUACAUGGUUUAAUGGAUUCACAUUUUUAAAAUAAGAAUCAUAAUAAACUGUUAAAACCAA